CCGGAUGUUGAUCCAAGAUCAAAUUCCCUCAUUGAUGUGAGCACCAGUGUUAACCUGGCAUUAAAUACCUCUCCAAACACCCAUGUCUGCUUUGGCUAAAGCAAUGUCGAAGUUUCGCUUGGCAGUGGUUCAGCUGCACGUCACCAAGGUGAAGGCUGACAAUCUGUCCAAGGCUCGCGGGUUGAUCAAGGAGGCAGCCUCUCAGGGCGCUAAAGUGGUGGUUUUACCUGAGUGCUUCAAUUCCCCUUACGGAACUGGCUUUUUCCCUGAAUAUGCGGAGAAGAUCCCAGGAGAGUCCACACAGGUGUUGUCGGAAGCAGCCAAGGAGAGUGGGGUGUAUCUGGUAGGAGGCUCCAUCCCAGAAGAGGAUGAGGGGAAGCUGUAUAACACCUGCGCAGUAUUCGGCCCUGAUGGAAGCUUGGUGCUCAAGCACAGAAAGAUUCACCUCUUCGACAUCGAUGUUCCCGGGAAAAUCCGCUUCCAGGAGUCGGAGACGCUCAGCCCUGGAAGCGGCCUAUCGGUGUUCGACACACCGUACUGUAAGGUCGGUGUUGGGAUCUGCUACGACAUUAGGUUUGCAGAGCUCGCACAGCUCUACGCUAAGAAAGGCUGUCAGCUGUUGGUAUAUCCCGGCGCCUUCAACAUGACUACAGGACCGGCUCAUUGGGAGCUGUUACAGAGGGGGAGGGCAGUUGAUAACCAGGUUUAUGUGGCCACGGCCUCUCCUGCUCGGGAUGAGACGGCUUCUUAUGUAGCCUGGGGUCACAGCUCUGUGGUAAACCCGUGGGGUGAGGUGAUCAGUAAGGCUGGGACAGACGAGACCGUUGUUUACGCUGACAUCGACCUGCAGUACUUGGCGGACGUCCGUCAGCAGAUCCCCAUCACAGCCCAGCGCCGUGGCGACCUGUACUCCGUCAGCGCAGCGCAAGAGGGCUGAACCCAUGCCACGUUUCCAUGGAAUCACUGAGGGCGGGGGUAGGUCAGGGUCCCGAUGACGGUUUGAGUCCAACACCCCCCCCCCCCCCCCCCCCAAU